AACGAUCUACCAGGAGUGGGUGAGUGUGCUGGUCUUUGCUCUGCUUCCCCUCGAAGAGAAAGGGAAAGUGAAAGUGACGACGAUGUCUACAGUGGAGGAAGCUGCGGCGGCGGCGGCGGUGCUGCCGGUGGGCUUCCGUUUCCGCCCGACGGACGAGGAGCUGGUUCGGCACUACCUCAAGGCCAAGAUCGCCGGACGUCCCCACCCGGACCUCCUGGUGAUCCCGGACGUGGACCUGGCCACCGUGGAGCCGUGGGACCUCCCCGCCAGGUCCGUCAUCAAGUCCGACGACCCCGAGUGGUUCUUCUUCGCCCACCGCGACCGUCCCAAGUACCCCGGCAAGAACCCCCGCUCCAACCGCUCCACCGCCGCCGGGUACUGGAAGGCCACCGGCAAGGACCGCCUCAUCCGCUCCCCAAAAGGUGCCCUCAUCGGCAUCAAGAAGACCCUCGUCUUCCACCGCGGGAGGGCGCCGCGCGGCCACCGCACCGCCUGGAUCAUGCACGAGUACCGCACCACCGAGCCCCACUUCGAAUCGGGCCAAAACGGUAGCUUCGUUCUCUACCGCCUGUUCAACAAGCACGACGAAGAAACCCCAGGAUCCAAUCCGGAGUCUCCAUCCACGUCGUCUCGAGGCAACCUGCUACACGCUAACGACGCGGCCACAACCUCCAUGAAAGAAGACAAAACUUCGCCAUCUGAUUUGAGCCAACUUAGUGAAACAGAAUUAACUAAGGUUCACUCCACGGCCCAGCUUCAUACAGCAGUUGGUGACACAGAGCAGGGAAAAGCUCAGGAAGCUGCUUUCCUGGAUGUGUUCACCCAGCUUCCAGAUCUACAGGCCGAGCAAAGAUAUGAAGCAUUCCCUACCAUCAGUUCUCCGAUGCGUCCUUACACGGAUCACCCUUUCGUUGGCAACAUGGGUGAGCAAGACUUCUCGCCAUAUUUGGACAGUAUCACAGCUGAGCAGGAUCUGCAGGACAUGUUGCUUAAUCCAGCCUAUGCCAAAGAAGACAGUGGAAAUGACGAGUUAUAUCCUAUUGCUAUAGUUGCAUCAUCGACUGACAACUCAAACAGCAAUGCAUCCCACUAUCAUAGUCACUGUGAACUAUCAUCCAUGUUUCAUCCUCAGAGAGAAUCCACGAGCUCAGGCUCAUGGACUCCUUAUCCCCAAUAUUUGUUGAAUUCUAUGGUAGAACCGAGCAGAAGUGACAUGUUAAAUUCAAGUGCCUCCAAUGGACAAGGGGAUUGGGCAGCGGCACCUCCACAGCAGUCCACAGAUGCAGAAUUCAUCGACCCACAAGGGAUUGCUGCAAGAAGGAUUCGCCUUGUGCGCGAUGUUCAUAGGGUCUCCGCCUCUCAGCCUAUAUUGACUUCUCAUUUGGAAAGCGAAGAUGAAGCUGGAUCGUGUUGUAGCACAGGAAGUUCAUCCAACAACCAUGGCGAGGAUCAUAUCAAUCUAGAUUCCCAAACUAUGGCUGGAGAUCUGAUGCAUAUUCAGGACAGAGGGCAUAACAUCCCUACUAAACUAGUUUCUUCGGUGGAAGUUACAGAUAAGCUCCAACAUUUAUCAUUUAACGAAAACAUAUUGGAACAUAUUAAUCUGCCUCGUGGAGCGGGUCUCAUGCAGAGGGUCAAACAGGAAUCUGCUCAAAAUGUGUGCCAAGGACUCCUGCAGAACAGCAACUGUGCGCCUGGAGAGCCAUCUUCAGAAACAAGAAGACAGCCUACAGGUUCUGUUUUGCGGUCGCUAUGGCUGACUCUCCUGGUGGUGGCCCCUUUGCUUAUCUUGGUUGGGGUAUGGAGAUCGCUGAACUACUGGCUGUUGUAAAUGCUUCCUGAGUGUUUGUAAAUAUUUUCAUUAGGUUUAGGAACAUCAGUUAUUUUUGUAAUGUAGUCAAUUCAUGUUCUAGCUACUUACAACUUCCCUAUGUAAAUCAUUCACUUGCCAGUUUCAGGACAUUCACAACACAACUUGGAAGUCUAUUUGAACUUUGUUUCCCAGACCCUUUA